CUCUCCAGCACAGCAGCAGCCGGAGCACUGACAGUCAGGGACUCCGAUGUUACCACGGCAUCUACAGAGCGUUGGCAGCAGGUGUUUUGCCCGUGCUGGGCACUCACAGUUCUCUUAUGUAAAUAGAGACUUUCCUAGAUGCCCAUGGUGGACUGCACAUUAUCCUCAGACUCAUUUUCAUCCUGUCAGCACUUGGCAUCCUCAGGAAUACUUCAGAUCUUACCCUUGCCCCCAGACUCCUCUGUUGCUCGGCCCCCCUUGUUUUCCUUGGGCCCCUGGUCAUUCAUCGUGGUUUCACAUUUCACACUGUGAUAUGAGCUCUACAGGGGAUGAACCGUAUAGAAAGCGAAAGAGUGCGGAGGGUGAGGACCAUGGGAGGAAAAUGUUGUCAAAGCGAUCCUAUCCACCAGCUAAUGACUUCAGUCUUCCUGCAGCACAGGAUUCAUCAGGAUUUUCGGCCAUUUCCCAACCAGAGGUCAAAGGAGAAACUACAGUAAAAAGGAAGUGGGAGGACUUCCGUCACCUGUACUGCGAGCCAUCCAAAAGAAGAGGAAAGUUUGAUUUCUCUGUGGUAUCCUAUAAUAUUCUCUCCCAAGACCUGCUGGAGGACAACUCCCACCUGUACAGCCACUGCCGGCGGCCUUACCUGUUCUGGAACUACCGGCUACCCAACAUCCUGAGGGAGCUGGAAGAAAUGAAUGCUGAUAUUUUAUGUUUACAAGAAGUUCAGGAAGAUCACUACCAGGAACAAAUCAAACCCAGCUUGGAAGCACUCGGCUACCUCUGUGAGUACAAGGUUCGCACCGGGAGUAAACCGGACGGCUGCGCCAUUUGCUUCAAAUCCGAUAAAUUCAGCUUGAUGUUGGUGAAACCGGUGGAAUAUUUAAGGAGGAACAUCGCUCUUCUAGACCGUGACAACAUAGGCCUGCUGCUAAUGCUGCAACCUAAGAUGGGGAAGGAAGCUCCAAGCAUCUGCGUGGCAAACACCCAUCUGCUCUACAACCCCCGACGAGGGGACAUAAAGCUCACCCAGCUGGCUAUUCUUCUAGCUGAGAUUACCAAGGUUGCCCAAAUGCAGGAUGGGAAAUUCUGUCCCAUCAUUCUCUGUGGUGACUUCAACUCUGUGCCCGGCUCCCCACUGCUAAGGUUUAUAAAAGAAGGAAGGCUCAAUUAUGAGGGGAUGACCAUUGGAAAGGUGUCUGGGCAGGAACAAUACUCCAGAGGACAAAGGAUUUUAUCUAUUCCGAUUUGGCCAGAAAGUUUGGGCAUCACCCAGAAGUGUGUAUAUGAACCCCAGAAGGAUCAGCAACAAAAAGAAAAAUAUAGCCUGGUGGAAUCCAAUCUGAAACACCACUUCAGGCUUUCUUCAGUGUAUUCCCAUAUCUUGCCGGACACCGGGAUGCCAGAGAUCACCACCUGCCACUCCAGCACUGCCAUCACCGUGGAUUAUAUCUUCUACUCUGCAGCCAUAAAUGACGUUUUUGUCCAGCCAGGAGCCAGCGUUCCAUGUAACGGGCUGCAGCUUCUCGGAAGGCUGUCCCUUCUUGCUGAAAAAGAUUUGUGGAGCGUCAAUGGCCUUCCCAAUGAGAUCAGUUCCUCCGACCACCUCUCUCUGCUGGCCAGGUUCCGUCUGGAGGUAUGACAUCUGCCCGCCCGUUGUUUUAGACACAAGUUUUCUUUUAGAGUAAACCCCGGAAUUAUGCCGGCUCCGUGUGUUUAUUAUUUAUUCCAGUUUUAACGAAUUGUGUUUUACUUCUACUUUUUACUUGCUUUGUAUUCUGAAUUUUGUGCCAUUUGUAUAUUGUCCCGUAUCAGGGAAGAGAUUGUAAAUAUUUUGUAUGUACAAAAU